AUGUCCGACCAUGACGUUCAUCCAAACGAAUACAACAAACUACGAAGUAAUUACAAAUACUAUAUCGAUUCAUAUCUUGCAUUGUAUCAGCUAAAAACGGAAAAAGAAGAAGAAUUAAAGUCAAUUUACAAAAUGAUCAAAACAGAAUUGAUUGAUUCAAAGAAUUGCCUCCCCACAAAUGCUAUUAGAAACAUUUUAGAUAUCAUUCCAUAUAAUAAUCGCUAUACAAAGUCAUAUUUAUUUCUUGCCAAACUCAUUUCUGAUGAUUACCAUGUCACAGAGGUCAAAAGUAUUGAACCUAUUUCAAACUUACUGUUUUAUAAAGAAUAUGGAAUUAAAUUAGACAAAUCUGCCGAUUUUAAAGAAGUUAAUUCCGAAAAACUCGAAAUUCAUACAGAAAAUUCAAUUUACAGAGCAAUUAUGUAUAAUGACUUAGAAACAUUCAUUGCAUUCACUGAAAGAGAUGGAUUUGAUAAAAAUCAAAAACUUAAAUGCGAUUUAUAUCCAUUUUCUUACGUAGGAUAUUCAUUACUUGAAUUAUGUUGUUACCAUGGAGCAGUUGAUUGCUUCAAGUUUUUAAGAACGAAAUUCAGCUCAAAAAUAACUGAUACAUGUCUCGGAUUUUCAUUUUUAGGAAGAAACAAAGAGAUCAUGAGUAAAUGUUUGAAAUAUCAAAAACCAAAUUAUAAAUGCAUGGAAUAUGCAAUUAUUUCACACAACAUUGAUUUUGUUACAUUCUUAAUGAAUGAGUACAAUAUAGAGAUUGAUUUAGAUUAUUGUGGAACUUAUAAUAAUCUUGAAUCAUUUUUAGUUUAUUUCGAUCAAACUAAUGAUAUAAAAAAUUGUUUCAUUUAUUCAGUGAAUUUAAAUAUUCCAUCCUUUUUGGAAUACUUCCUUUCACUUGGUGCGAAUAUCAAUGAAAAAGUUGAACAGGGAAUAACCGCACUUCAUAUUGCAGCAAUGAAAAAUAAAAAAGAAACUGCUGAAGUUCUUAUUUUACAUGGUGCGAACAUCAAUGAAAAAGAUAAAUAUGGAGAAACAGCACUUCAUAUUGCAGCAAAAUAUAAUUAUAAAGAAAUUGCUGCAUUUCUUAUUUCACUUGGUGCGAAUAUCAAUGAAAAAGAUGAAUAUGGAGAAACAGCACUUCAUAUUGCAGCAAUGAAAAAUAAAAAAAGAAACUGCUGA